AUGGAACCAAGAGGCCUAGGGGACAGGUUGGGUGGUUCAGUUGUGUUACUGGUGGUGAUUGUUUCAGCAUUGGUAGUCAAUGUGUCCGGUAACUUGGUUUUUCCAGUGAGCCAUAAGUUUAAUGGUAGACAGGGCGCAUCAUUGAGUGAACUUAAAUCCCAUGAUGAUCGUCGUCACGCUAGAUUUCUCGGAGCCACCCAAAAUGCUAUAGAUGUGGUUUUGGGUGGCAACGGCCAUCCUUCUGAAAAUGGGCUCUACUACGCUAAACUUGGGAUUGGGAAUCCUUCGCACGACUAUUACGUGCAAGUUGAUACCGGAAGUGACGUAUUUUGGGUAAUGUGCUCUGAGUGCAGCAAAGACGAGUGCCCAACCAGUUCUGAAAUCAAAGGUGUUAACAUCACACUAUACGAUCGAAAAAGCUCUUCCACUUCAAAGGUGGUGACUUGCAAUGAUAACUUUUGCGAUCUCGUUAACAAACAAGAACGUCAGGAGUCCGAUUGCAAGGCAAACGAGACAUGCAACUUCAAGCUUACUUAUGGAGAUGGAGAAUCAACUUCGGGAUACUAUGUCAAGGAUGAUAUGCAAUUUCAGAAAGCCAGCGGAAACUCUCAAACGUCCAACUCUAGUGGAUCUGUAGUAUUCGGGUGCACGACUAAAAAAUCUGGCGCGAAAAAUAACCCUAAUUCAGCAGUUUCGGGGCUAAUUGGUUUUGGCCAGGCCAAUUCAUCGAUGCUUUCACAGCUAGUGGCCGCAGGAAAGGCGAGGAACAAAUUUGCACAUUGCUUGGAUAACACGAAACAAGGUGGUGGAAUCUGGGCUAUAGGAGAAGUUGUGGAACCAAAAAUUAAGAAUACCUCACCUAUAGUACCAAAUCAGGAUCAUUACAAUGUCGUGUUGGAGAAAAUUGAGGUUGGAGGUGAUGUUAUAGAACUUCCUAAAAGUGGUGGUGGUGUUUUUGACAACUUAUUUGGCAGCAGUUCAGCUUCAGACCAGAAUAAUAUGGCAAUUUUUGACAGUGGUACAACGUUGGCCUUUUUACCACCGGAGUUGCAGGAACAAAUAGUGAAGAAGAUAUUGGCCAAGGAGCCUGGAUUGGAAUUGCGUACCAGUGGGGAGUUUACAUGUUUCGAGUUCUCCAAAAAAGUUGAUGAAAUAUUUCCUAUUGUCAAGUUCAGUUUCAAGAAUUCUGCUUCAAUGUGGGUGUAUCCUCAUGAUUACCUCUUCACUUUGAAAGAGGACGAUAAGUGGUGUCACGGUUGGAUGAAAUCUAAACCUGGAUCAAAAACCAGCAUUAUUCUGGGAGAUAUGAUCCUUUCGAAUAAGGUAAUCGUAUACGAUCUGGAAAAGCAGGUCAUUGGGUGGACGGAUCACAACUGCUCUUCAAGCAUAAAAGUGAAAGAUGACCAGUCAGGGUCAGACUACUCUGUUCAGUACCACAAUCUUGCUGAUUCAGAUGCUUCCAGCCUAAGACUAACAAUGUCAAUCGUGUUGUUAGUAACUGCUGCUGCUACGGCUAUGCUGCAAAUGAUCUCUAUAUAAAUCCAUCACUCUCAUCUCACCUAGCUAGCUAGUUUAUUUA